UCAUGCUGCUGCCAGGUCCAGAGUCUCUCAUGGGUCCCUGUACGGCCUCCCAUUGCUGCUGUCUCCAUCGCCACACUCUGCCAUGUGCCACUUUCAGGUCUCCUCACACUGCUGGUGUGUUGAAUUUUUUGACAUAGGGUGCUGGCAGAUUACGGGCCUCCUAUAGCUGCUGCCAGGCCCCUAAUCUGCCAUGGGCCCCUAUAUACCGCCUCCUCAUGCUGCUGCCAAGUCCAGAGUCUCUCAUGGGUCCCUGUACGGCCUCCCAUUGCUGCUGUCUCCAUCGCCACACUCUGCCAUGUGCCACUUUCAGGUCUCCUCACACUGCUGGUGUGUUGAAUUUUUUGAC